AAUUAUUGUGAAAUUUCGCACGAGUGACGAGUGCGCAUGCGCACGCUUCGAGUCAUCGGACGUCAAAAACGUCCUUCAUUUUUUAAAGUGAGGUUAUCUCAAUGUUUAUGGACAAUAUUUGAAUCGUAAAGUUAAAAAAUAAAUGUUUUGAGAUGAGUACGGGCUCGAAGCGCACGAUUUACGUUGGCGGUUUAGCGGAGGAAGUGGACGAUAAGGUUCUCAAUGCUGCUUUCAUUCCAUUCGGUGAUAUAGUCGAUAUUCAGAUUCCUCUAGAUUACGAGACUGAAAAGCACCGGGGGUUCGCUUUCAUUGAAUUUGAGAGUGCGGAAGAUGCGGCUGCAGCCAUCGACAACAUGAAUGACUCAGAGCUGUUCGGGAGGACCAUACGGGUCAAUUUGGCCAAACCACAAAGAAUUAAGGAGGGUUCGACGCGGCCUGUGUGGUCUGAAGACUCGUGGUUGCAGCAACAUGCCGGUGAAACUAUUGGCAAAACCGUUAAUGACUUGCUUGCAGACAAUAAAGAUUCUUCAGACACAGCUGCAGGAGAAAAGGACGAAAAUAAGAAAGUGAAAAACCCGCAAGUGUACUUUGACGUCAGGGUUGGUAAGACUGAGGUGGGUAGGAUUACCAUGAUGUUGCGCGCAGACGUGGUUCCCAGGACAGCAGAGAACUUCAGGUGUUUAUGCACCCAUGAAAAGGGUUAUGGGUUUCAAGGGUCCACGUUUCACAGAAUCAUUCCAGACUUUAUGUGCCAAGGUGGCGACUUCACCAACCACAAUGGUACAGGCGGAAAGUCGAUUUAUGGGCGGAAAUUUGUUGACGAGAAUUUCGACUUGAAACAUGUGGGGCCUGGAACGUUAUCCAUGGCCAAUUCUGGACCCAAUACCAAUGGGUCGCAAUUUUUCAUUUGCACGGCGAAAACUGAGUGGCUGGAUGGGAAACACGUGGUUUUUGGGCACGUGAUAAGCGGGAUGGACGUCGUCCGAAGGAUGGAACGGUGCGGGAGCAAAAGCGGGACACCCACUGAGAAAGUUACAAUUGCAGCAUGUGGAGAAAUUCAGUAGCAAUUAUUUUUAAGAAUUUUGUACAAAUAAAAAAUUGUUAGUGAA